GGUGACGUCACCGGUCCAGUUAUUAUGAGGCUGAUGAGAGUGAAGGAGAUCAGACACACAGCAGGAUCUGAGAGAGACACUGGUUCUGGAUCUGUGAGGGUGAUGAUGAUGAUGGAGAUGCAGUAUAAUAAUAAUAAUAAUGGUUAUGGUGUGGAAGAGUAUAUGUUACCGGAGGAAGAGUGGGACAGAGAUCUGCUGCUGGACCCUGCGUGGGAAAAACAGCAGAGGAAGACGUUCACCGCCUGGUGCAACUCUCAUCUGCGUAAGGCAGGGACUCAGAUUGAGAACAUUGAAGAAGAUUUCAGGAAUGGACUCAAACUGAUGCUGUUAUUGGAGGUUAUUUCUGGUGAAAGACUUUCCAAACCAGACCGAGGAAAGAUGCGCUUUCACAAAAUAGCCAAUGUGAACAAAGCUCUGGAAUACAUCACCAGCAAAGGUGUCAAACUGGUGUCUAUCGGUGCUGAGGAGAUUGUUGAUGGGAAUGUCAAGAUGACUUUGGGAAUGAUCUGGACCAUCAUCCUCCGCUUUGCCAUUCAGGACAUCUCUGUGGAGGAAACCUCGGCUAAGGAAGGUCUCCUGCUGUGGUGUCAGAGGAAAACUGCUCCCUAUAGGAAUGUCAAUGUACAAAAUUUCCAUUGUAGUUGGAAGGACGGUCUUGCGUUCUGCGCUCUUAUCCACAGACACAGACCCGACCUGAUCGACUUUACCAAACUCAACAAGGAUGAUGCUCUUGGAAAUCUGAAUCUGGCUUUGGAAAUUGCAGAAAAACACUUGGAUAUCCCAAAAAUGUUGGACCCAGAAGACAUCAUCAACACACCAAAACCCGACGAGCGAGCCAUCAUGACCUAUGUGUCGUGUUUCUAUCAUGCUUUUGCUGGAGCAGAACAGGCAGAAACAGCAGCAAACCGGAUCUGUAAAGUGCUUGGUGUCAAUCAAGAGAAUGAGAAACUAAUGGAGGAGUAUGAACGACUGGCCAGUGAGUUGUUGGCAUGGAUUCGUCAGACGACGCCCUGGCUUGAGAACAGAUCUCCAGAGAGCACCAUGGCCGUCAUGAGACAAAAGCUGGAGGAUUUCAGAGAUUACCGCCGAAUGCACAAACCGCCCAAAGUUCAGGAGAAAUGUCAGCUGGAGAUCAACUUCAAUACACUGCAGACCAAACUCCGCAUCAGCAACAGACCGGCGUUCAUGCCCUCAGAAGGAAAGAUGGUGUCUGACAUCACAGCGGCGUGGCAGACUCUGAAUCAUGCUGAGAAAGGUUAUGAAGAAUGGUUGCUCAGUGAGAUCAGACGUCUGGAACGUGUGGAACAUUUGGCAGAGAAGUUUCAGCAGAAAGUCGCCACACAUGAGAGCUGGGCUAAGGUAGGAAAAGAUGCGCUGCUACUUCUGAAGGAUUAUGAGAAAGCAUCUCUGACGGAAGUGAGGGCGUUGCUACGGAAACAUGAGGCUUUUGAGAGCGACCUGGCCGCCCAUCAGGACAGAGUGGAACAAAUCGCAGCCAUCGCACAGGAACUCAAUGAGCUGGAUUAUCAUGCUGCAGGUCUGAUAAAUGAUCGCUGUCAGUCGAUCUGUGAUCAAUGGGAUCAGCUGGGGACUUUAACACAGAAGCGCAGAGAAGCUCUCGAGAGGACAGAGAAACUUCUGGAAACCAUUGAUCAACUCUUUCUGGAGUUCUCCAAGAGAUCUUCUCCAUUCAUUAACUGGAUGGAAGGAGCCAUGGAGGAUCUGCAGGACAUCUUCAUGGUUCACUCAGUGGAUGAGGUUCAGAAUCUGAUCUCAGCUCAUGAUCAGUUUAAAAGCACACUACAUGAGGCUGACAGUGAACGUCAGGCCAUUCUGAGCAUUUUUAAUGAGGUACAGAAGAUCGCUCAGAGCUAUGGGAUCUCCAGCAACCUCACAAACAUCUACUGCACCAUCACACCUACACACAUUAACCAGAUGUGGGAGAAGGUGAAGCAGCUGGUUCCUCAGAGAGACAGUGGUCUACAGGAGGAGUUGUCCAGACAGCACAUGAAUGAAAGACUUAGACGUCAGUUUGCAGCGCAGGCCAACAUCAUCGGACCGUGGAUUCAGACACGCAUGGAGGAAAUCGCUCACAGUACUGUGGAUCUGGGCGGAGCGCUGGAAGAUCACAUGACUCAACUUAAACAAUAUGAGCACGUCAUCAUUAACUAUAAACCAAACAUCGACAAACUGGAGGGAGAUCACCAGCUCAUACAAGAGUCACUUAUAUUCGACAACAAACACACCAACUACACUAUGGAGCACAUCCGUGUGGGAUGGGAGUUGCUGCUGACCACGGUCGCUCGUACCAUCAAUGAGAUCGAGACUCAGAUUCUGACACGGGACGCUAAAGGCAUCAGUCAACAACAGCUCAACGACUUCAGAUCUUCCUUCACACACUUUGAUCGAAAGAAAAAGGGAGGAAUGGAGACUGAUGACUUCAGGGCCUGUUUGAUCUCCAUGGGCUAUGACCUGGGGGAAGCAGAGUUUAUACGGAUCAUGUCAUUGGUCGAUCCAAACGGUUCUGGUGUGGUGAACUUUCAGUCCUUUGUGGACUUCAUGACCCGUGAGACAGGAGACACUGACACCGCUGAACAGGUCAUCGCCUCAUUCAGGAUACUGGCUGCAGAUAAGCCGUACAUUCUGGUGGAUGAACUCCGUCGGGAAUUACCCCCGGAGCAAGCGGAAUACUGCAUCUCCAGGAUGCCACCUUACGCAGGACCGGAUGGGGUUCCAGGGGCUUUGGACUACACAGGUUUCUCUACUGCCCUCUAUGGAGAGAGUGACCUCUAGCUGUCUGGAGCA